UCAACACUUUGCUGCCUUCUCCUUUCCCAAAAUUUUGAACUCCCGUUGCUCUCUUCCCCGACCCUCAAAACCCUCUCCUUCCUCUCCGCAGCAACAAACAAAAUGCCGGAAAAAAACGAGAACCCAGUUAAAAAAGAGGAAGAGAAGCUCAACGACGACGAUCUAAAAUCCACCGUAGCCGCCUCAAAAUCAAAGCUUGUAAAGAAAGAAGAAGAAGAAUACAAUGACGACGACGACGACGUCCCGCUCGCUGUCUCCAGGGCCAAGAAGAAGAAGGCCAUCACCACCAGCGCUUCGAAGGUCAAGAAAGAAGAGCUCGAGCCCGAAGAGGAUUCGAAACCCAAGAAGACUACUCCGAAGCCCAAAGCAAAUGUGAAGCCUUUUAAGGCGAAGAAAGAAGAGCGGGAGGAUUCGGAUUAUUCAGAAGAGGAAGAGAGGCCCAAAUCAAAUGUGAAGCCUUUGAAGGCGAAGAAAGAAGAGCGGGAGGAUUCGGACUAUUCAGAAGAGGAAGAGAGGGAUAAGAAGAAGAAAAGGACCCCAAAGAAGAAGGAAGAGGCGAAUAAAUUAGUUAAGAAGAUGAAGAAGCAGUUGAAUCCCAAAGGGAAGGAGAAGAGGGAGAGGAAAGUUUAUGACUUGCCGGGGCAGAAGCAUGACCCCCCAGAGGAAAGAGAUCCCUUGAGGAUUUUCUAUGAAUCACUGCACCAGCAGGUGCCUACAAGUGACAUGGCAGCAUUUUGGAUGAUGGAAUGGGGAUUACUUCCAGCAGCGGAAGCUAAGAAAGUGUACGAGAAGAAGCUAAGCCAGCAGGGGAAGCUCCGGUCACCGCUAAAGGUGGUUUCUGUUAAGAGAACAACUAACGUCUCAGUCAAAACUGUGAAGAAAACAACCACGAAGACUGUUUUAAAGACAAGUGUGAAGAAACGAAAGGCGAGCGAUUCAGGAUCUGAUGACGACGAUGAUGACUUUGUGCUAUCCAAAGUCAAGAGCAAGAAGCCGAAGAUCUCUGCCUAAAUCCAUUAACCACGAUAAUCUUAUUGCGAUUGGAAGUAACUUCAUUCAGAUCUUUAGGAUCAAAAUGUAUGGGGCGAUGGUCUUUUUAAAUCCUUAUAAUCACAUGGACGGUGAUAUGUUACCUUCGGCCUAACCUGUGUUCUUAUUAGCUAACAGUGAUCAGAUUUAAUGCAGCGGUUGAUUUGAGCUGUCAAUUAUAUUAAUUAAUUGGAUACGCGUAUGUCAUAUUUAAUGAUGGGAUAUCUAAAGUGUUAUUUAUGUUUGUACGAAGUAUUUAUUUGGUUA